AAAGGAAACGAAAUGGUUUUAUUUUAGAUAUUUUCAGAAAGGUUAUUCACGUCAUUUCCAGAUUUCACGAACAGAUAAUCUCCAAGGUAUCACUCAAGUUAAAGGGAUGGGACUUUUUCCCUCCCCCGCCCUUCUCCACGCAUCAGUGGAAGCGGAGGGCGGAGACGGAGGAGAGAGGAGACUGGAAGGAGAAAAAGUGAAAGAAGAAAAGAAAGGGGUAUUGAUGAAACAAAUGAAGGCAAGAAGAGAGGGGUACUAUGGGUGGUGGAUAACCCCUCGCGUCCUCUAGUGUGUCUAUUGGCGCCCGGCUCUGCGCUCCUAACGGCAGCGCGCAGUCAGCUCCGCGGCCCCGAGAGCAGUCCGGACGCGCCGCUGCCCUCCGGACAAGGCUGGCGCCGCGGGGUGUGACCUAUCCGUGCCCUGGGCCUGAGGGGACCACCUCUCCCUCGCCGGACUGCUGCGGGUAGCGCUCAGGGAGGGACUGAAGAGACAUUGAAUUGGACUGUGAGCCUUUCACUAGCUUCUCAUCAGAACAGGAACAUGAAGAGGUGGAGUAAUGAUGGAAACCAGCAAUCCAAACCAUCACAAUAUGUGAGAUCCUGACCACAAACUGGAGGUGAAAUCUGUAAUGUUUCUGACCAUUUUUGCAGCAAAACUUCCAAAAAGAUGGUAUCCAUAUUUCAGCUAUAUUAAUCUUUUAAAACAAAAAAAAUGGAUUUCUUAAAUUCAUCUGAUCAAAACUUGACCUCAGAGGAACUGUUAAACAGAAUGCCAGCCAAAAUUCUUGUGUCUCUCACUCUCUCCGGGCUGGCACUGAUGACAACGACCAUCAACUCCCUUGUGAUUGCUGCAAUUAUUGUGACCCGGAAGCUGCACCACCCAGCCAAUUAUUUAAUUUGCUCCCUUGCAGUCACAGAUUUCCUUGUAGCUGUCCUGGUGAUGCCCUUCAGUAUUGUGUAUAUUGUGAGAGAGAGCUGGAUCAUGGGACAAGUGGUCUGUGACAUUUGGCUGAGUGUCGAUAUUAUCUGUUGUACCUGCUCCAUUUUGCAUCUCUCAGCUAUAGCUUUGGAUCGCUAUCGGGCAAUCACUGAUGCUGUUGAGUAUGCCAGGAAAAGGACUCCCAAGCACGCUGGCAUUAUGAUUACAAUAGUUUGGGUUAUAUCAGUUUUUAUCUCCAUGCCUCCUCUAUUCUGGAGACACCAAGGAACUAGCCGAAAUGAUGAGUGUGUCAUCAAGCAUGACCACAUUGUUUCCACCAUUUACUCAACAUUUGGAGCUUUCUACAUCCCACUUGUAUUGAUUUUGAUCCUCUACUACAAAAUAUAUAGAGCAGCAAAAACAUUAUACCACAAGAGACAAGCAAGCAGAAUUGCAAAGGAGGAUCUGAAUGGCCAAGUCCUCUUGGAGAGUGGUGAGAAAAACACUAGACUGGUCUCCACACCCUACAUGCUAGAAAAGUCUCUAUCUGAUCCAUCAACAGACUUUGAUAGAAUUCAUAGCACAGUGAAAAGUUCCAGGUGCGAGUUGAAGCAUGAGAAAUCUUGGAGAAGGCAAAAGAUCUCAGGGACAAGAGAACGAAAAGCAGCCACCACCCUGGGAUUAAUCUUGGGUGCAUUUGUGAUAUGUUGGCUUCCUUUUUUUGUAAAAGAAUUGGUUGUUAAUGUUUGUGAAAAAUGUAAAAUUUCUGAAGAAAUGUCAAAUUUUUUGGCAUGGCUUGGUUAUCUCAAUUCCCUUAUAAAUCCACUGAUUUAUACAAUCUUUAAUGAAGACUUUAAGAAAGCAUUCCAAAAACUUAUGCGCUGCCGAUGUUAGUUUAAACAAAGUUUAUCAUUUUAGGGUAGAGUUUUUUUUUUUUUUUUAUCUUUCAGUAGAGUAACUAAAUGAAUGUUAAAUAAUAUACCAUUAAAAACUUUUAGAGGACAUAUUAAAGCUGCUAAAAGGAUAGAAUUUAUAUUUUAUUAGAACCAUUAAUAGAAAGUAUAUUGAUUUCAUCAUUCCAAUCAAAAUUAGAAAAUAAUUUAUUCAGAUUAUAAAAAAAUAUUUUGCCUUUUCUAUAUAUCUAAAAUGAUAACUGGAAAAAAUAUGAGUAUAUGGUAUUAAUGACAAUAAUUUUCCAGGUUUAUAUCUUAAAAAAUUAUAGAAGAAUUUUCAGUUAACAUACUUCCAUCCAUAAUCUCUAUAAGAUCCUGUUGUUUUAUUGUAUAAUCCUUUAUUUUACAAAAAAGAUAUAAUUUUACAAUGCACACAUUUCUCCUUCUUAACCAUUUUUGGCCCUUUUCCACCUUACCCUGAGCAUAACAAUUUACUUAGUAUGAGUAAGGAUCAAUACUGUCUUUUUAUUUUGAUGGUAAAGAGUAAUCCUAAAAUGAAUUAGGUAUGGCAAAAUAAUUCUGAAUAAUGAAUGAGUACAUUUUAAAUUUUCUGUUUGGUAUACAUUUCUAGAAGAAUAUUAUCUUAACCAUGUAGUAUCAACAUCUGAAAUCAAAUCCUCACCCAAGGAGUGGGAGGAAAUUAUAAUUUCCCCUUGUUUAUUUUAGAACCAGAUUUAAGGCACUAAGCAUUCUAGGUUAUUCACCAUACUUAUUAUAUUUCCAAUCUCUUAUUUAAAACAGAAAAUGCGUUUCACUUCUUUUAAUGUUAAUUAGCUCAGUUACUAACUAAAUCUGUCACUUUAUACUUCAUCUCCAUACCUUUGAUUUAAACAUCAUUUUCUUUUUAUGAGAGAGAAUGUAAUAGGAACUUUACUUUUAAUUAAACCACCUCUAGUUUUCUGAUUGGUGGAAACAAAUAAUCUUUGAGAAGGCUCAUCAUAAACCAAGACUAUUUGUAAAACAACAUAUACCUUUAUUUUUGAACCACAACUUUGUAUUUUAAAAUAUACUUUGCUGGGGGAGGUGAUUAA